AAGCCAGGCAGAGGGACAAUAGGACCAGGUUUCAAAGCAAGCUCGAAGUCACGUGAAUGGCGCUCAGCAUGGCGGGGCUCCCCGGACUCCUCUUCCUCGUCCUUCUCCUGCUCUGUGUGGCCGGGCAAGGGAUGACCCACAGUGCCUCCUGGAAGCCCACCUGGCCCGCUUACCGCCUCCCUGUGGUCUUGCCUCAGUCUACCCUCACCCUAGCCAAGCCAGACUUUGGGGCUGAAGCCAAAUUGGAGGUGUCCUCGUUAUGCGGGCCCGAGUGUCACAAAGGAGCACCCCUGCCCACUUAUGAGGAGGCCAAGCAAUACCUGUCGUAUGAGACCCUCUACUCCAAUGGCAGCCGCACAGAGACCCGAGUGGGCAUUUAUGUCCUCAGCCCCCGCAGCGCCCAGCAGGGCGGGGAGGAGCGGGCAGGCCGGGCUCGCAGGAGGCGGCAGAUCUAUGGCUAUGACAGCAGGUUCAGCAUCUUUGGGAAGGACUUCCUCCUCAACUACCCGUUCUCCACGUCGGUGAAGUUGUCCACCGGCUGCACGGGCACGCUGGUGGCUGAGAAGCACGUCCUCACCGCCGCCCACUGCAUACACGACGGCAAAAGCUACGUGAAAGGGACGCAGAAGCUGCGAGUGGGCUUCCUGAAGCCCAGGUAUAAAGACGGCGCACGGGGCGCCAACAGCUCCAGCGCAGCCGUGCCGGACCCCAUGAAGUUCCAGUGGAUCCGCGUGAAGCGCACCCACGUGCCCAAGGGCUGGAUCAAGGGCAAUGCCAACGACAUCGGCAUGGAUUACGACUAUGCACUCCUGGAACUCAAGAAACCCCAUAAGAGAAAGUUCAUGAAGAUCGGGGUGAGCCCCCCAGCCAAGCAGCUGCCCGGGGGCAGAAUCCACUUCUCUGGCUAUGACAACGAUCGCCCGGGCAAUCUGGUGUACCGAUUCUGUGAUGUCAAAGAUGAAACCUACGACCUGCUCUACCAACAGUGCGAUGCCCAGCCUGGGGCCAGCGGGUCCGGGGUCUACGUGAGGAUGUGGAAGAGACCCCAGCAGAAGUGGGAGAGGAAAAUUAUUGGGAUCUUUUCAGGGCACCAGUGGGUGGACAUGAAUGGUUCCCCGCAGGAUUUCAACGUGGCUGUUAGGAUCACCCCGCUCAAAUACGCCCAGAUUUGCUAUUGGAUAAAAGGAAAUUAUCUCGAUUGCCGGGAGGGGUGACCUGGGGUUUCUUCCUGACAACCCUCCAUGGUCUCAUCCAGGAGAAGCCAGUUCUGUCUUUGGCUCGUGCACAUGUGUGUGAUAUGUGUCAUAUAGGACUUUUCACCUGUUUUCUAAGAUUUCAAGAAUCCCAGCUUUAUUACUAAAAACUGGUUUAGGUAUCACAUCCCUCUAGUUAACAGUUUAAAAACAUUGGCAUAGAAAAAUUUUUUAAGCACGUUUGGGACACUAGGGAAUAUUUGGCAAUUAAGUUACUCAAACUUUUUGAGGACUUCGAUUUUUAUUUCAUCGGAACUUGUUUCAAAGGUUUAUAUUAAAUAUGUGGCAUAUGAA